AUGGCGCAAUCAGAAAUAUCAACCUCAGAUAUGUCUCCGAAUUUUGGGAUACCGACCCCACCGGCGAAUGAGAUUUCGGAUGGAAAGAAUCCAUUCUUCUCAAGUUCAAAUGUCUCGACAGAUCAAGAAGUCAAUCAUACCAUCUUAUCGGCUUCUCCUUCUGCACACGAUGCUACUGAAGUUUCAUCAGAACCUUUAACCCCCGAACCUUUCGUCUACUCCCAAUCAAAAUCUCGGUAUUAUAUAAAAGAUCAAGCGUUAAUUCCAUUCCUAAUCGCAAAAAUAGCUGAAGAAAAUAAUAUUAAAUUACCAGAUUCUUCACCAUUUCAAUGUGGUGGAAAUUAUGGUGGAAAUUUGCCGAUCUCUGCCCCCCCUUCAGUUUGUGAAUCUGUCUCAUCCCUUCCCGAUCUGUCAGAUUCCGCGUCUACGCCGCCAAUCUCUAAUGAGGAGGAUUCAUCAGAUUCGGUUACGUCGGAUCGGCCCAACGUGAUGUCAUCAUCCAUCACGUCAUCGGGCGUAGCAUCCGUUUUGCAAAGGCUUACCAACCCAUCAACCAAUGUCACUUCGGGUCUUGAUAAUAAGGAUCAUAAGUCCACAUCAAAUCAGUCACAAUCUAAAAUCAAUGAAAAGGAGAAGAACAUCAACACUACCCUUUCAUCCAGAUCUUCCAUAGUUAACGCCAUCGUUGCCGCUGCGGCCGCACCUAGAAUGAUGCAAAUUCCAGAUCGAUCCGUUAGAAGAAGUAAACGCAAAGGGAUUCCGUACAAAUCCCCAUGUCAUGAGGAUUUGUUACGUGAACCUGGAUUUGUAUUUAGCUUUCCGGUCCUUUUCGGUAAUGCGAUACCUAAUCAUUUUGACAAUGAGGUCAACAAUAAUGAAACUACAGAGAAAGAGACCAAUUCAUUCGGGACGGAAGCGGAAUCAUCUACCGUCGUUGACAAUGAACCAUCAUCAGAAUCGACCCAGAAUUUAAAGUGCAAAGGAACAACGAUCAUGGAUUCAAUGAAUCACCACAAGAAUCUUGCCGCAAAGAUAAUUCAUCGACCUGUAUUAUUGCCAGAUAUCGUGCGUUCGUUAACUCAAGCAAGACGAUCAAAGAUGAGAAGGCCCGUAACUAGGGCAAAGAAUAGGAGAGAGAAUCAAGAAUUGGAACUAUUUGGACUCGAGCAUAUAAUGGAUUCUCCGAACGGAAAUGCGACAGCAGGUGAAGAAGGUAGAGUGAACAGAAAACGACGCAUCCCCACAGUCGGUCGUCCCUCAAAAAAGCCAAAUUUGCUUUCCUCUGGUUCCCAAGUUUCCAGAUCGUCCAACUCUGAACUAAGUGAUUUUGAUCUUAAUUCAGAUAAUUUUGGGGAUGAUGAAGACGACCCAGAUUUCGCUCCUCCGGUAAAGAAACGAAAGCCGGAGGUGCAGAGAGGUCCAAAAGUUUCUGGCAGAAAAGAAUCUAGUAGCAAGGUUAAGAAGACAAAGUGUGUUUGCACUAAUCCGGAAUGUAGAUAUAUUCCACUAAAGACCGAAUACAACGCGAUGCUUAAGAAACCAAAGAAUGCCGACGUACCUGAUCUCAAACGAUGUUGCAAAUGUCAAACUCCAUUGUGA